AUGUCAAAUCCUAGACCCGCCUGGAGAGCUUGGGCUCGUGUUUAUGUCACCGGUGCCAUUAUUAUAGGAACAGGUGUGCUCCUUUAUAAUUACACAGUUCCCACUGAUGAGGAGCUCAUUGCUCGUUUCUCGCCGGAAAUCAGAGCAGACUAUGAGCGCAACAAGAAGUUGAGACAGCAAGAACAACAAGAGUUAAUGAAAAUUGUCCAGCAAACAUAUAAAUCAAACGAUCCGGUUUGGAAAGCCGGCCCGAUCAAGUCUCCGUUCGAAAAAGAUGGCCGUGGCAUUGAUCCACAUUUGGUCGACAAGACAGCUUUCUUUAAGAACGAAGAGGAUGAAAAAAGAAAGCUCGAAGUCGAGAAGGCUAGCGCCGAGCUCGAGGAAACUAAGCAUUUGAUGGAACAGUCCAAGAAGAGCUGGUGGAAGUUCUGGUAA